AUGUCGGAUACGUCCCACUCUAUUACCAAUGCCUUUAUGUCCACCCAACGGACAUCUACCCACAUUUCUCCUAACCCCCCGGUGAAUGAACUGGUGGCUACCGGUGGGCAUAAAGUGGGCAAAAAAUCCUGUCACUUAUACGAGGAUGCCUCAAAAACUGUACAAUCGGACAGGGAAUUUCCUGUCAAAGAUGAUGUUGUUGCACCACAACAAAGAGCCACCCACCGGGUAAAAUCGGGUGAACCACUUUUUGAUCCGGAUGCACUGCAGCAUCUAAGAUCUUUGGAGUGGUACCCCUUGGAUCAAGUGGCGAAGUAUAUCGCCGCACGCAUCAGGAAGCCGCUUGAUAAAGUGGCAAGAAAUAAACUUCAGGCUGAAUGCCCGCGUCCCACGAUUCCUGAUUUGGUAUGCAUCACCCCAGACGUAGACCCCCAAAUCGCCCAAUUUCUGGGCAAAAUGGAAUGGAAAGCCAAGAAAGGCCUAGAUUUUUCUUUACGUAAUUGCCAAGACAAAAUACUGGAUGUCUUUGGACCCAGUGCUAAAAUAUUCAACAUUGUCGAAAUGGCCCUGGCAGGUGGUACACCUGUGGAAUUGCUGGCCAUCAGGGGCCUUAUUAAUGACCUGUUGCAAACACAGUUGCCAACAGCUGCUGCUGAUCUUAUUGAACAGAUGUUUAGGGAGAUAAAAUGUCUGGAGGAAGAUGCAAACCGAACUUAUCCUGAUGAUCAGGUUGAUAAAUGUGCUAUCAGCUUAUGGAACUGGGGUGUUACUAAGAGAGUGGAGACCUCCAUUACUGAGACACAACACACAAUGGUGCGUCAUAUAUCCUGUAGACUAGGGAUGUGGUGUGAGGGUCUAGAACCAUCUGAGGGGCUUGUUCAAAGAAAUAUACAGAUGGCCAUGAAGACUGGGAAAGGCUGGAUAGAUGUGGGGAAGCCUCGUCUUGCCAGUGAUUUCCUUGAAAGUGCAUUAGAUAGCCUGGAAAAGAUUUAUGCCAUACUAACAAAAAGAAGUUCUGAAGAAGCGGAUGUGAACGUACACAAAUUCUACUUGGAGAAACAUCUCUUUAAAGUUUUGACGUACCAGGCAGAGGUGGCUGUUGCUCAUAAAGACUUUGAGAUGGCUUCACAGAGAAUUCAGAGGUGCAAAGACAUGCUGCUGAGACAACCUAAAGAGACUGGGUAUUUGUCAGUUCUUUGCUACAACUUUGGAGUAGACUCAUAUAAAGAGAAGAUGUUUGAGCAGAGCUCCUAUUGGCUAAGACAGAGCUAUGAGAUUGCAAAUUCGGAUAAAAGGUUCAGCCCUGGACAUGAAAUACAGUCCAAAGUGCUGAGACUUCUAGCCACAGUGUACAUGGAGUGGGACUGCAAAUUAUACCAAGACAAGGCUCUUAGCGCUAUUAGAAUGGCUAAUGAGGAAAAUAUACAUCCUGCUGGCCUUUUCUUGAAAAUGAAAAUUCUUUUGCAGUGUGCCUUACCUGAUGAUGUCAUCAGUAUGGCUGUCACAGAAAUGCUCAGUUAUGAACAAGAUCUAGGUAUAUAUAUGAAUCUAGCAAAGCUGCUCUUAGAGUACCAAAGAGAUUAUGUGGCAUUUGACUUCCUCAAGAUAGUCUCCAAGCAUUUUGAGAGCUCCCCUGACAUAGGAAAAGCACUCAUCUUGCAUGUUGAACUUUUGCUGCAGAAAGGGAAGGAACGAUUAGCACGCCAAAAGAUUGAAGAUAUCAUAACAGGUCAUCACACAGGGAAGAAACUAUCCACAGAGACUGUGAACCUGUUGCACCUAAUUAUUUGGGACUGUGCUGCUAAAAGGUUUGAGGCUAAAAAGUACAUGGAAUCUCUUGAAUGGUACAACUAUUCCCUGAGUUUUUAUGCUGCUGAUCAAUCUGAGCCUAACCUUGCCAAACUACAAAGAAACCGUGCCAACUGCUAUCUACAACUUAAUGAGUUUAACAAGGCCAAAGAGGCAAUAAAAGAAGCAGAACGUUCUGAUCAGGAGAGCAUCUUUACACAGUUCAGCGUGUAUAAACUAGCUAUGCUAGAAAAUAACACGCUUGAAGCAACAAAUGCUUUGUCUGCUAUGGGAAAAAUGGCAGCUCAGUCACAAUCAAAGGGGAUUCUCAUGGAGGAGAGCUGCUCGGAUAUUGACCUGCUGAGUCUGGCGGCUCAAAUCGCUUUGGAGAAAAAUCAACGGGAUGUGGCUAUAAAAGCUUUGGAGUUUCUGGUUGAGCAAGAUCACGACACUGAGAAGAUGUUUGUGUCACUAAGGUGUUUGGUGAGACUACUAAUGUCAGAUGAAGAAGCAAAAUGUGAAGAAAGAAGGACUAAGAAUAGAGAACGUCUAUUUUUUUAUUUAAAUACAGCUCACAAGAAGCUCUCAGACUCUAUGAAUGAAGGGUUUUUAAGCCAUGACAAGCGUUCCAAUGAAGCACACUGGUAUAGAAAAAUAGCAUGGAAUUUGGCUGUUCAAGCUGAGGACUCCCCAAGAAUGAUGAGUGAUGCCUGCCUUUUAUCAUACAAGCUGUCCCUUUUCUGCACGUGUGAUAGGCUGAUCCUAGUGGCUCAGAAAUCAUGUCUGUUGAUGGCAGCUGCUGUUGACAUGGACAGGGCUAGGGAGGCGACAGACCACUCCGAGCAGGUUGGGCUACUUACCAAGUCACUAAAUCAUAUUCAGCUGUGUCAGGAGAUCUGGAGAGUGCUGCAGUCCACAGGGGAUUUUUCUCAAGAUCCCACAGAGGUACUUUUACUUCUCUAUGAAUUUGAAAUCCGUGCCAAAUUAAAUGACCCAAGGUUGGAAACCGUGGUAGAAGCUGUGUGGGAGCUUCCCAUGCUUAACCUCAAGACUUUGGAAACCAUUGCACACUUAUCCAUGGAGGCUCCAGCCUAUUACCCAACUAUUUGCAAGCGUGCACUGCAAGGAGCACUAUCUCUACACAAGAAACAGGACCCCAUGGACAUCACCAGGUUUAGCAAGUGCCUGCACAGUCUUAUCAAGCUGAGUUUACCCAGUUGGGCAGUAGAGAUGGAGACCUGUAUCCAAGAGGAGGUUUGGCUGUAUUACCAAGAAGCAAUAAAUAUUAUUACUAGUUGUGAUGAAUAUCCAGAAGUGGAAUCAUUGUGGCUGAUGACCCAGGCUUGGAAUACAGGGAUCUUCCAGUACAGUGUGAAGAGAUAUACCGAUGCAGAACGCUGGUGUGCACUGGCCAUGCGCAUGCUUAAUUACAUUGGGACUUUAAAGAGCAGUUAUGAAAACCAGAUGGUUGCACUCUACAGCAAAAUCCUGGAGGAGGUGGACACCGCUAAAAGAGCCCUGCCCAAUGAGGAAUAAAGCUCUUGCACAAAAAUUAUUUUAUUUUUUUCAUUUAUCUAUUAUUCCAUACAUGUUUUCCUUGUUUUA